UACAGGGAUGACCAGAGACUGCGGACAGUACAGGGAUGACCAGAGACUGCGGACACAGUACAGGGAUGACCAGAGACUGCGGACAACAGUACAGGGAUGACCAGAGACUGCGGACAGUACAGGGAUGACCAGAGACUGCGGACACAGUACAGGGAUGACCAGAGACUGCGGACAGUACAGGGAUGACCAGAGACUGCGGACAGUACAGGAGAUGACCAGAGACUGCGGAAAGCACAGGGAUGACCAGAGACUGCGGACAGCACAGGGAUGACCAGAGACUGCAGACAGUACAGG